GCGCGGUGACAGCCCCGAGUGUGCCCGGGCUGCCCCGGGGGCGGGUGGCAGUGCCCGGGGCACGGCAGGGACCGGGGCAGUGCCAGCGGCAGCGGUUCCCCCCGGGAGGGCAGCGGCGAGGGGCUGGGGGUGCGGGAUGGCAGCGAAGGGGUGAUGGAGGGCACGGGGGGACUCCCGGUGCUCCCGCAUCCUCGGCUGCCACGCUGAUGCCGGGGUCGGCGCCGAGCAGCCCGGGCGGGCGGUGAUGGUCCCGUGCCUCCCGAGUGGGACCCGUGUCCGGUUCUCGCCGCUGUGACCGCGUCCGGAUGUGACCCGUGUGCGGCUCUUCCCUUUGUGAGUCAUCCGUGUCCGGUGUCCCCUGUGCAGCAGUGCAGCCCCCGCCGCAGCGAUGGAGCCCCGGUGCCCGCCCUGGCAGCAGCUGUGCCCGCGGCCGUGCCGCCUCCUGCUCCACGCCCUGAGCUCGGGCCCGGCCGGGGCCGUGGCCGCUCUGCGGGCGCUGCAGCGGGGCCAGCCCCAGCAGGGCCCGGGGCAGCCAUUCCCCUGGCAGGCUCUCACCGCAGCCCUGUGCGCCCAGGAGCCCUCGCUGGAGGGGACAAAGGACACCCUGGCUGUCAAGCCACGGCUGCUGCUGCUGCCCGUUUUGUGCCAGAGGAACCUCUUCUCCCUGCUCCUCGUGGUGCAGGAUGCAGUGCCACGGGACUGCCUUCACCAGCUGCUCCAGGCCUUGGAGCAGGAUUCCCAUGUGGAUCCCUGGGUGCAGACUCUGGGGGAUCUGCUCCAGCAGGGACCAAGGGCAGAGGAGGGCUCCCCACGUCCCACUGCCCUGUCUGCUGUGUGCCAGCAGCAGCUCAGGGGCCUGUGCCAGAAAAUUGCCCAGAAGAAACCAGAGGGACAAAGAAGAUUGAACUGGUGCUUCAGCAAACAGCCUGGUGCCCCUGACUCUGUGCCUCAAGGUGGGAAGCGUAAGAAAGUGUCGGAGGAGAGCCUGGAGUCGGACAGUGAGAGACAGGGGAAGAGGUUGCUGCUGGAGGAGGUGGCAUUUGAGCCCCUGGGGCCCCAGGAAUGUGGAGAUGUGGCAGAGGUGGAAGAGGAGGUGCCUGAGGAGCCUUCAGGGGACACAUCUGCUCAGAGCAUGGAUAAGGCUGCUCAGGACAGCCCCCAGCAGGAUGGGGAGCUCAGGAAGAUUUCCCAGACAGAGCUGGCAGCAGAGGUCCAGUCCUUUGUCCAGGUGCACGGACAGGGGCUGAAAGUGCUGCUGCUGCAGGAGUCCAAUCACUCCGAGCUGCACGUCCCCCCCAAGCUGAGCAUCCUGAGCAGCUGCACCCCCAGCCAGCUCGAGGGGCUGUGCUCCUUCCUGCAGCUCUCCACGUGCCCAGAGCCCCUCCUGGUGCGUUUCUGCAGCUGGCUGCUGGCUCUGAGCCCCGACCUCAGCCACAGCAGCGCAGCCAUCCUGGCAGAGCAGCUCUUCCUCAGGCGAGUCCUGUCCCUCUCCCAGCCACCUUCCCGACACCUCAUGGCUGCCCUGACUGCGUUUUGCUCCAAGUAUUCCCCUCCCUUGUGCCGUGUGCUGGUGGCUGCGGCGCUGCAGGAGCCAGGGGAAGGUGCUGAGCAGACCAAGCUGAUGUGUGAGCUCGUGGAGGAGUGCCUGGAGCCCCACUCUGUGCAGCUGCUGCUGAGCCACAUCCUGGAGGUGCCUUUGUCAGAGAAACUCCUGCCAGUACUGCAGGCCGUGCUGGGCCGGCAGGAGGUGCUGCCCCCCGAGCUCUUGGAUCUGCUGGUCCUGACUCUGUGCCAGCAGGCUCCAGCCUUCGCCGCGUCACUCAACUUCGCCAAGCUGGUGACAGCCGUGCUCACGGUGUACCAGAGCCAGGUCAGCCCAGCUCACAGGAGCAGUCUGGCUGCUCUCCUGGACCGGAGCACGGCGGCGCUGAAGAAAUCCCUGCAGGCUGUGCUGGGAGGGGCCAGGUGACCACCUGAAGGAAUCGUGAGGGGGCAGCUGCCCGGCGUGGAGGACACUCCUUGCACAGCAGCAGCCACAGCCACCCCUCGGUGGGUGAGGUGGGACCCUGUGAGGGGGGUCUGUUCCCCCCCUGGGCCUCCUGGCAGCACCUGGCGUGAGGGGGCUCCUGCUGGCAGUGCCAUCCCAGCCCCCCCACGCUCCCUGGGGCUCGGAGGGGUCUUGGUUGAACAAUUCAUGUGUUUCCAGGUGAUCAAUUCAUGUGUUUUCAUGUGUUUUCAGGUGAACAAUUAGUGUGUUUCCAGGUGAACAAUUCAUGUGUUUUCAUGUGUUUCCAAGUGAACAGUUCAUGUGUUUCCAAGUGUUUCCAGGUGGACAAUUCAUGUGUUUCCAGGUGUUUCUGUGUGUUUUCCCUCGGGCCUGCCACACUCUUCAGGGUGACCUGGCCCUCCUGUGCUGGGGGCCAGGCAGGACACAGCCCAUGGGGAACUUCCAGGUGCUCAGUUUUUACUGCCCAAAACCCUCACUGAACCAGGACAGACAUCGAUUUGAGGCUGCAUGAAGAUGAUAAUUCUGGAUUUAGUUCACCAUCUUGAUUUGACCUCAGCUCAUUCCAAGGCACGAGCUCCGUGCACGUCCACAUUCCUGCUCCCAGUGGUGCAGGCUGGGCUGCUGCUUUGUGCAUCUGAUCUGCUGGGAUUUACAGACCUCUGGGUGCAGGAGAGUGGGAUUUAACUGAAUUCCAGCUGAAUUUAGCUGGGAAAUUUGAGUGUUCUGCUUUAAAUCCACCUUUCUUUCCUGUUUGCCUGGCCUGUGAGGGGCUGUGCUGUGUGUGACACAUUUCUGGUGAUGAUGACAAUACUCGUGGCCCUAAUAGUGCUUGUGUGGCAUGACUGCUCAAAGUUCUGUCCUGUAUUCUUGAAAGUACCCACUGGAAACCUCAUCUAGGCACCUCCUGGUCUGAGAACUGGGAAGAAAAGGUUGGGACAGAGUGGAGACUCAGGCAGGCAGAGCUGGGGUUUCAGAGGUUUUGAAGCAUUGCAUAUUUCAGGAGCUAUUUAAAAAUCCAUAAACAUCUACAAAGGGAGAAGGAGAAUUACAACAUGCAGGUGUGACUGCUCCAGGUUUGCUCAAUUUAUAUCCCAGCCAGAGGAAGGAAACUCUGAAGCAUUAGGUGACACUUAAGGCUGAGAGCCAGGUUUCUUUAUGUAAGAAUCUCUUAAGCUAUUUUAGGUGACAGUGGACUGAUGAGGCUUCAAAGCCCGCAUUAGCUGGAGGAUGGAAACCUCCAGGGAGCCAGAUUGUUGAUGUGUUUGCAUUCCAGUGAGUUAGUGGCUGAGUAAAGUGAAGCUAUUGUAGGGCUGCCCAAAAUACGACAUAAAUAGAAAUUGUGCCACGAUCAUCAAGGUCUGAGCCUGCUCUUCUGGCUUUAUUAGGUAGCAGGCUCUGAUCUUUGCAGCUUCCCUGCAGAGCUUCUAGCAAGUGACCUCGGUGUCAUUGUCCCCAGUGCUCUGCCUGGCUGCUGGUCACAUGGAGAUGGCCACUGCCUUGUGGCAAGAGCCUUCUUAGCCCUGGGUUUGCUCUUGGCUGCAGCUUAUCAUGUGCUGUGGGUUCCUCUGAGGUGCUCAUGCAGAUAUCAAUCAUGGAAGGGAGCUGGGAGCACACCUGGGGACACUGCUUGUUUAUCUGGAGGUUGGCAGCACAGAAAAUUUCACUUUUGACUCCUCUUGACCCUUGCAAGAACUUUAAAAAUCCAUCCUGAGCAGCUCAGAGAGGUGAAUGCAGCAUAAACCAUCAGUCAGAUUUUACAGCUCAGCAGAACCUUGGCCAAGGGUGGCGGGAGUGCCAGGGCUGGCUCUGUCCUUGUCCUGGUCCAGAGCAGUGGUGGUGAAGUCUGAAGCUUUGUCUGAGACCUUUCCCAGGCUGCAGGCAGCAGGCAGAGUGUGAUUUCCAUCCAGUUAACUUGUGAUCACUGGCAGUGCUUCCUCACCUGCUUCCUCUUCUGUUUGUAGAGUUUUACUUCACCUUACAGAGGGGAAUUCCCUUUUUGGUCUCGUAGUUCUUGGGGUUUUUUUGAAGGAAACUCAUCCUAUGCAGUUGCAUGGGUUGUCUGUCCACUCUGCUGCCUCCACACCCUGCACAGGGAUUUUUGAGCCAGUUUCAUGGCAAGAUGAUUCCUGCCCUGCCCAGGUGCCCUGUGGGGCUGUGCUCAGGCAGCAGUGAACAUCUUUGGGGUGAGCAGGGCUGGGGGGUCCAUGGAUGUUGAACACCAGACACCUGAUGCAGGGACCUUGGGCCAUGCAGCACCUGGUUGGAAAGGGCUGAAACUCAGUGGCUUUCCUCAAAAUAGCCUGUUUACAUCCCCAAGGGGCUGCCCCUCUCCAAACAGGAGCUCCAGGUUGUUGCUGUUUCCCCCCCUGCAGUGCCAGGGGUCCCCCCACUUCUCCCUGCAUGUCCAGUGGCAGCCUGCUAAUCUCACCUGUAAUUCCAAACGUGCUGGUGCAGUUCUGCCUGCAAACCUGGGGGCUGUGACACCCAAAUGUGAGCCUGAACUGCUCUGGCAGAGGCUCAGCAAUAUUUAUUUUUUUUCACUUGGGGUUUAAAACUGAAUA